UUAUUUCCAAAGGAAAUGUGUAGAUUAAUCAAAUUUAAAAGAACAUAUUUGAACAGCAACCCAAUAGAAAAAUAUGAAGAUGGCGCUUUCUUAUUCCUUCCCAGCAUAGUUAAAAUUUACCUCGAAUACAAUAAGCUUAUGAAGUGUGGAUGUCACUUGCCAGCCUUCGUUAAGUAUAUUAAAAAAGUCUAUAACAGAACUGUUGCUGUCUCUGGCACGUGUCAGGAAGGCUCAGGGAAACGAAUACCUAUACUGGAUUAUUCGCAAUGUCAAAAUUACUCGUUAUUUCAACGGAAUUUACAGUGUCAAACAUGUUCAGGAAUCAUAUGCAAUGAAGUGACAAGCUGUCCAGGAACAGAGCCUGUAUGCCGAUUCGCAAUAUCAAUGAACGGUGCUAAACUGAAGACUGAAAGGUCCUGCAGCACAUACAGAAAAUGUGUUGAAGCUAUGAGAAACAAUACCCUUACAUGCAAUAAACGGACGAAUGGCACGUCUUGUACUGGUUGUUGCGUCGGACACUUAUGUAACAAGAAUGAUUUCAUUGGCUGGACCAAAUCCCUCGUAUUUCGUUUGAUUUUUAAAAAGUUCAACGAAUAUAAAAUCCCCGCUGAGAACAUAUCAAGAGCCAUGGAGCAUGACCUUUCAACCGUGACGGGAACAUUUAGAGUUGAAGACUGUGGCUCAAACAGAAAUAAAAUAUUUGCUAUUUACUGUACAGUAUUUAGCGAAAUGACUGAAAGUCAACUGCGGCGCAAUAUCUCCCAAGUUUUGAACAAAUCCCAGGAAUUGCUUAACUUAGGAGUUAAGAAAAGCCACAUGAAAUUCCUUGAUGAAAGCUGGACCAAAUCCUUCGCAUUUCGUUUGAUUUUAAAAUCUUUCAACGAAUAUAAAAAACCUGCUGAGAACAUAUCAAGAGCCAUGGAGCAUGAGGUUUUAACCGUGACUGGAAAAUUCCGAGUUGAAUAUCCUGGUGUUCAAAGUCAACUGCGGCGCAAUAUCUCCCAAGUUUUGAACAAAUUCCAGGCAUUGCUCAACAUGAAUUUGCUUGAUGAAAGUUCAAGUACUGGUAAUGGAACAGAGGAUAGAACAGCAGAAACAAACUUUUGAGUGAAAAUCGAAAAAGAGCCUCCAAGAAUCGUCUUUGCUGAUAUUUUAUGCUAUAAAACGAUAUUUUCUGCAUAUAUAAUACAAAAUAAAAUUUUCUCCAUAUAUAAUAUGAAAUAAUAUUUUCUUAAUAUAUGAUAUAAAAUAAUAUUUUCUCCAUAUAUAAUAUAAAAUAUUCUUUCCUUGUAACGACACUAUAAUUGUACCUUUCAAUACAACACUAUGCAUGCAUGAGACUGUAUAAUCCACCAUGAUGUAAUUUAAACAAGUUUCAGGGCCUCACUAUGGCUUGAAACAGAAAAUAUUGCAUGAUUUGAAAUUAUAUUGAAAUUCUAUCUUCUUGCCAAUUUAAUGUUAUCAAUGUAAGCUUUAGAAUUGUUAAAUAAAGGAUUAAAUCUGA